UUGUCGCGCUCGAGCAGAAGACUCGACGCUGUCAAGGAAACGCGCACGCUGGACGCAUCGCUCCGAGAUUUACAAACAACCCAACCUGUCUCGCGCAUCGUUAUUCACAGCAUCCUUUGCAGAAAUAAACAUCAUUUGACCGACGUAUGCGAUGUAACAAAACAGAGGAAGAGCGAUAUUAGGAUUGAAAUCAGAAAGACGCCUCGCCAGCGCUUGAUAUACACAGUAGUCAGUCAUGCCGCUGGUAAAGAGGAGUAUCGAGCCCAAGCACCUGUGUCGAGGGGCUCUUCCUGAUGGAGUCCCCAGUGAACUGGAGUGCGUCACCAACAGCACACUGGCAGCCAUCAUUAAACAACUGGGCAGCCUGAGCCGACACGCGGAGGACAUCUUUGGAGAGCUGUUUAAUGAAGCCAACAGUUUCUACAUGCGUAUGAAUAACCUGCAGGAGAGAGUGGACCUGCUGGCCAUCAAAGUCACCCAGCUGGACUCCACUGUGGAAGAGGUCUCUCUGCAAGACAUCAACAUGAGGAAGGCCUUCAAGAGCUCCACCAUUCAGGAUCAACAGGUGGUUUCCAGGAACUCAAUCCCUAACCCUGUCCUGGAGCUUUACCACCGUGGAGACAAACCACCUCCUCUUAAUAUUCUCAGCCCAUACAGAGAUGACAAGAAGGACGCGCUGAAGUUCUACACUGACCCCUCCUACUUCUUCAUCCUCUGGAGAGAGAAAAUGCUGCAAGCCACAGAGGACAAACGAAAAGAAAAGAGAAGACAGAAGACCAGCGGCUCAGGCCAGACUCACUCAGACCAGACUAAGUCCCACUCCAGGCAGGCCCUUCUCAGAAGCCCCCUCCUGUCCUCCGAGCAGCAGAAACAGGUGGAGGAUCCCAGCCGUGAGGUGAAGAAGGUUCGCAAGGCUCGCAAUCGUAGACAAGAGUGGAACGUAAUGGCGUAUGAUAAGGAGUUUCGCCCAGAUGCCCGCUUCACGCCUUCUCCAUACCACGGCAUGUCAUCUGAGGGCUCACUGUCACCAGACAACAGGUCAGUUGCGUCAGACAUGGGUGAGCACUCUUACCCAGGUAGCCCGAGUCACCCAGCUCAGCAGAUGGCAGUGAGCAGCGCUUAUUCUGCUGCCGAUGGCAAAGAACACCUCAUGGCUCCCUCUCAUGUCCAAACUCAGUCUCUGGACCGUGGCUACCGGCCUGCCCCUUCCUCCGCUGCUCCACCUGGAAGACAGACUAUUGGCCGAGUUCAGACCUCCCAUGGACAGCCAAUCACAGACCCUGCUCUCAAUGGGCCACGUCCACUGCAGACUAAAGACUACAGUGGUCAGCAGUCUCAGCAUCGGGAGUAUUUUGUUCCUCCAGCUCCUCCUCCACCACCUCCACUCAUUCCCUCAGCCCAGACUGCCUUUGACAGUCCCACAGGCCCCUCCUCUGCUCCGGCCAGUGCCAUGCCUUCUCUGUCCCAGACCUAUAGCCAGUCUCCUCCGACUCCUGCUCUCCCUGCUUCCUAUACCCCUUCCCCAACCCAUCCUCCUCCUGCAGCCCCUCCACCACCUCCACCCGGGCCACCCACACACCCUCACCCGCACCCCAUGCCAGCUGCCUCUGUGGAAGCACCGGUUGUGCCCAGGAAGGGUCAGGUCCCUCUUAUCCCGAUGAGCGACGCUCGCAGCGACCUGCUGGCGGCCAUCAGACGAGGGAUCCAGCUGCGUAAAGUGCAGGAACAGAGGGAACAGGAAGCGAAAAAGGAGCCAGUUGGAAAUGACGUGGCCACUAUAUUAUCACGUCGCAUCGCGGUGGAGUACAGCGAAUCUGAUGAAGACUCUGAGCUGGACGAAAACGAAUGGUCCGACUGAGACAACUAAAAACAGCAUAGAGGAAUAAAAAAAAAGAAGUAAGCGUUAUACUGUAGGUUUCAGAGAACACAAUUAUCACAACUAAUGUAGCAUGCCGAUGUCUGUCUGCACUAAUAAAAUAUGGGGGGAAAAGGGCUGCGUAACCACAAACUUUCCCAUUUUAGAUCAUACGUCUAAAAUGGAAGCCUUGACAGUGAAGUUUAAUGAGAGUUUUGACCCCAUUGAACUACGUCUGUUAGAGAUGGGCUCGUGUGCGCAGCUGAGACUAUUCAUCACUUUCUCACAGUGUGACGAUCCUACCAUCUGUCCUCUCUCAAUAACCUUACAACACGACCUUAUAAUUAUAUGACCAGUCAGCUGGAUGAUCAUGCAAUGCCAAUUUUAGUCAGAAACAUAUUUGAGGCAGAUGUACUAUACAUUUUUUUAUGUUCAAGACUACCGUUUUGACCUCUGGAAUGCAUGUUGUACCAAGCAUCAAGCUGAUUGUUGAAAUUAAAAUCGCUAUAGCAAUAUUUCUGAGCGAUUUAAUAAGGCAGAGCACAAAUUCACAGCUGAUGUUUAGUUAGAAUUUUGUCUAAUGAAGUUAUUCAUGUUUAUGUUAGUAAGAUCCCAGCUGAUUAAGGGAACGCUUUACCUGCUUUUGCAAAUAGGCUAAUUUUACAACUCGCCUAGAGUUAUGUUUUAACCUUUUUAAAUCCGUUCAUCUGAUCUCUGGGUGUAUUGGGAGCAAUUUUAGCUUAGCAUAGAUCAUUGGAUCGAAUUAGACCCUUAGCAUCUCACU